AUGUCGGAUGAUGAGGAUUUCAUGCAGGAGUCGGACGAGGAGCAAUACGACUUUGAAUACGAAGAAGACGAGGACGACGAGUCUGGAGAUGUCGAUAUCGAGAACAAAUACUACAAUGCGAAACAACUAAAGCUUACUGACCCUUCCGAUGCGAUUGGCGAAUUCCUUGGGAUUCCGCCGCUUGAGGAAGAGAAAGGCGAGUGGGGCUUCAAAGGGUUGAAGCAAGCCAUCAAACUAGAAUUCAAGUUGGGAAAAUACGAUGAGGCAGCGGACCAUUUUGCAGAGCUUCUCACCUACGUCAAAUCAGCCGUCACGAGGAAUUAUUCCGAAAAAUCCAUUAAUAACAUGCUCGACUACAUUGAAAAAGGCGCCAAUGGCAAAGAAGCCGCGAAAAGCAUGGAAAAAUUCUAUUCCCUUACCCUACAGAGCUUUCAAAGCACCAACAACGAGCGGCUGUGGCUAAAGACGAAUAUCAAGCUUGCCAAGCUGCUCCUUGAUAGGAAAGAAUACAGCUCGGUUUCUAAGAAGCUUCGGGAGCUCCACAAGGCUUGUCAGCGACCUGACGGCACAGACGACCCUGGUAAAGGUACAUACUCGCUGGAAAUUUACGCCCUCGAGAUCCAAAUGUUAGCCGAGACCAAGAACAACAAACAGCUCAAGGCUUUGUAUCAACGAGCACUGAAAGUCAAGUCUGCCGUUCCGCACCCUCGUAUCAUGGGGAUCAUCAGAGAAUGCGGCGGCAAGAUGCACAUGAGUGAAGAGAACUGGAAGGAGGCACAAAGCGACUUUUUUGAGUCGUUCCGCAACUACGACGAGGCAGGAUCUCUACAACGUAUCCAAGUCCUCAAGUAUUUACUUUUAUCUACGAUGCUGAUGAAAUCCAACAUCAACCCGUUUGACUCGCAGGAGACCAAACCAUACAAAUCUGAUCCUAGAAUAUCAGCCAUGACGGAGCUUGUCGACGCUUACCAAAGAAACGACGUCCAUGCAUACGAAAAGGUAUUGCAAGGCCAUCAGGACAUCUUGGAUGAUCCUUUUAUCGCUGAGAACAUCGACGAAGUCACCCGUAAUAUGCGAACCAAGGGCGUUUUGAAGCUAAUAGCUCCAUACACCCGCAUGAAACUCGGGUGGAUUGCGAAACAACUCAAGAUAUCGCAGCCUGAAGUACAAGACAUACUUGGAUUCUUAAUUGUAGACGGCAAGAUCAACGGAACAAUCAACCAACAGGAUGGAAUCCUCGAAAUAGCAUCCGACGCUGAUAUCAAGCGUAUCCAGGCCAUGAGCAGCCUCUCCGCAUCGAUAUCAGAACUGUUUGGUGCUGUGUUCAAUGAAGGUGAUGGUUUCCGAAGCAAAGAGCGUGAUGGUUCCUUUGAGCAGUCAAUGGACUUCCAGGGCCUCUCCAUGGGAAGAGCACUGCGUGGGGCAGGGCAGCAACGAGCAAAGAAGGGCAAGAUUCCAAGCGCAAUGUGGGCAUGA